UUUGUUCAGACCUCGACGCAGCAAAUAUUACCAAGCGUCCCAGUGUUAUAUGUAUACCCCGCGAAUUGGUGGGUGUAUGGAGGUGUUAGGAUUGUUAUUCCCUUAUUACUCCGUCGUCUAGCUAACUCUACUCAGAGGGUCCCUAAAACAUUUCCGUUUUGAAACGAGAAAGGACUCGUACGAAGGAAACAUUAGUGAAGUGUGAAUUACUAAGUGAAGUGCAGUUUGUUAUAGCUGUCACUCAAAGUAGUGUGAAAAAGCUGUUUUUACCAGUCUCUUGUGUUUGUGUGGUAACUUCGAGAGAUAUUUGAGUGACAUUCGAAAUUUCUCUCGGAGUGCUGUACAAGUAUCAAAACAGUUUAUCGCAGCAAGAAAAAAGCUUAUCAGUGAAACAUAUUUCGGGACGAGAAGUUUGAUCUCUUCUCAGAUUACUUUAGUUUCAUUGUUUCGUGUUUUCCGUAAGAGCUGUCAUACGUGGCCUUUAAAAAUGGCUCUCGUGCCCAUCGAAGAUUCUUGGCUCGUCGAGCACGAUGCGUGUGAAAAACUUUUUCGCGAUGUUAUGGAAUUGUUGACUCAGCGAGAUAGAAGCAGCAAAAAUACCCAACUUUAUGCCAGCCUUUCUGCAGAUAUGCGCUUCAAAACGAAACAAUACACUAGUCAAAUUGAACAAUUGAAAAAUCAGGUGGAGACCGAUAUUAAACAAGGCGCCAUAACAAGUGACGAAGGGGAACGACGAACACGACAAGUCGAGCGUCUUCAGAGUAAUCUUAUUCAAUUAAGGCAACGUCAGAGUUUGCAUACUAGUUUGAAUUCAAGUGCGUUCGCAGAUGCAGGAACAACCAGUUGGGGAAUUGAGGAAGAUGAUGAUGAUGAUGUUGCACCUUUGGAUAUUCAAGUGUCCAUAGCUGAUUUGAAAGCGCAAAAUCGCACAGCUCUAGAAGAGCAGGAACAGGGCUUAGAUGAGUUGUACAAAGUUAUAACAAGGCAGAAGGAAAUAGCUCAAACGAUAGAGUCAGAGGUCAAUAACCAGAAUGAAAUAAUCGACGAUUUGGCCGACCACAUGGAUCGAACCGAUGAACGUCUUAUUGAUGGUACCCGACGUGUACGCACGAUAACUCGAAGUGACAGUACUUGUGGUUAUUGGAUCGUAAUCUUAUUGUUAUUCAUAAUUAUCAUAAUUGUUGCUCUUGUAUAAAAACGCUGAAUUUCUUGUCACACGCUUUUUUGCUGGCAAAUUUCAUUUUCACACAAAAUUUCAAGGGACUCCGACUCUUGAUUCUAUUUUUUUAUUUGUAAAGAGACUGAGAAAUCAUUCCCUUGAGUGUGAGGGUUAUUUUUUUGCCGAUUUUCGUUAUGUAUAUUCAUGGCAAUCGGGCAAUAUGUGAAUGUAUAUAUUUUAUUUUUGCUUCGAAUAGAAGUGACUAUUGUACAUAAAACCAUUGCCAAAGUGGAAAAAGAACUUAGUUUUAAAAACGAAACUUGGUAUUUCUUUAAGAAGUUUUUCUAUUGUGAUGGCUGAGUACAUCUUGGCAAUUUCGAGAAAUAAUUGUAAAAAUAAACUGUAACCGUGAUGAAAUUUAUUUUUAAUCCUA